AUGGCGACCGCCGGGAGCGAUCCCCAGUGGCCGAUGCCUUCCUCUCUCCAGGGUAGUUCACCACGUGGAGCCCAGUCGAUACUGUCGCGCUCAGAAAAAGAGCGUCAGUCUUGCUGGUCUUCUUCCCCCAUGGGGCAGAGACGGAAAGGUACUUUCCACAGAGCCUCGUCCUACCUGCUCCCGCAGCUCGUCCACCGCUCUGUGGAGUCGGACGCGGACGGACAGGACUGCGGGGACGAGGGCGAGGGCGAAGUGGAAUCCGAGGAGUCCUCAGAGUCCGAGAUGCUGAAUUUGGAGGAGGAAUUUGAUGGGGUCCUGAGAGAGGAGGUCGUGGCCAAUGCCCUUCACCAGUUGGGGCGCUCAGGUUCUGGCACUGAGCAGGUCUACCUCAAUCUAACUUUAUCAGGUUGUGGUUUAAUUGACAUUAGCAUUCUCUGUGAAUAUGUUCACCUACAAAAGUUGGAUCUUUCGCUAAAUAAAAUUGAAGAUUUGUCCUGUGUGAGUUGUAUGCCUUACCUUCUAGAACUUAAUGCUUCUCACAACAAACUGACUACGUUCUUCAAUUUCAAGCCGCCCAAAAAUCUCAAGAAGGUGGAUUUUUCCUGCAACCAAAUUUCUGAAAUGUGUGAUUUGUCGGCUUACCAGGCUCUCACUAAACUCAUUUUGGACAGCAACGAGAUAGAGGAAAUCAGCGGGCUGGAGAUGUGCAGUGGCCUGAUGCACCUGAGUCUGGCCAAGAACAAGAUCACGUCAAUUAAUGGCUUAGGCAUGUUGCCCAUCAAAAUUCUUUGUCUGAGCAAUAACCAGAUUGAGAAGAUGACCGGUUUGGAGGAACUAAAAGCCUUGCAGGUCGUGGAUCUGUCCCACAAUCAGAUCAGUAGCCUCCAGGGCUUAGAAAACCAUGACUUCCUGGAAGUGAUCAACCUCGAGGAUAAUAAGAUUGCUGAGCUGGGUGAGAUAGAUUACCUUGAAAAUCUACCUCUCCUUCGAGUUGUCAACUUUCUAAGAAAUCCAGUUCAGGAAAAGUCUGAAUAUUGGUUGUUCGUGAUUUUUAUGCUCCUACAAUUAACAGAAUUAGAUCAGAAGAAAAUUAAAGUGGAAGAAAAGGUUGCGGCAGUGAAUAGGUACAACCCUCCCCCAGAAGUGGUCGCAGCCCAGGAUCACCUGACCCAUGUCCUCAACAGCGUGAUGCAGCCACAGAGGAUCUUUGACAGCACUCUUCCUCGCCUGGAUGCCCCUUAUCCCAUGCUGGUGCUGGCCGGUCCUGAAGCCUGUGGCAAACGAGAGCUCGCUCACCGCCUCUGCAGACAGCUCAGCGCUUACUUCAGAUACGGGGCCUGUCACACCACAAGACCACCUUACUUUGGAGAGGGGGAUCGAGUCGAUUAUCAUUUUAUCUCUCAAGAAGUUUUUGAUGAAAUGGUAAACAUGGGGAAGUUCAUUCUAACAUUUAAUUAUGGGAAUCACAACUAUGGAUUAAGUAGGGACACCAUAGAGGCCAUUGCAAGAGACGGGUUAGCAAGCUGUGUUCACAUGGAAAUAGAAGGUGUCAGAAGUUUGAAAUAUUCCUAUUUUGAGCCUCGAUAUAUCCUGGUGGUGCCCAUGAACAAGGAAAAAUAUGAAGGAUACUUGCGGAGAAAAGGAUUAUUCAGUCGUUUAGAGAUUGAAUUUGCUGUCUCCAGAGUGGACCUUUAUGUUAAAAUCAAUCAGCAGUUUCCAGGAUAUUUCGACGCAGUGAUCAAUGCAGAUGACCUGGAUGCUGCCUACCAAAAGCUGAGUCGUCUCAUCAGAGAGUACCUUGGGUUGUCCGAGGAAACGUCCAAGGAUUUGGCUCCAACCGCAGAUGUGGAGACACCCCAGCUGAAAUCUGAAGAGGCUUCUAGCAAGCUCACUGCCACCAGUUUGUGUGAUUUCCUGGAUGCUACAGACAGAAACUACUUUGUGAAACUGUGGGCCAAACUUUCAGCCAAAAAAACCCCAGUGGAAAGAGAUUCUAUGGAGAGACAAUAUGAGACAGCCCGGCAGGCCCUGAUGGGAAAGAUACCUCCUCAUCACACCGUUUUGUUUCAAAGGGGUCUGGUACCAGCACCUAUUAUCAAUGGUCUACAUUAUUUUACAGCUUUCGAAUUACAGAAAAAUUUUGACCUUUCUGAAGAUUAUUUUAAAACCCCCUUUGGACCGUAUUCUGAAAAGAGUGGCAAGGAGUCCCACAUCAUCAAGAGCUAUUCUACAUUAUUUCAUGCCUCUCCGUGGUCCAAAAAAAUGUCUUUUCAGCCUCCAGAGGGCAGCAUUUGUUCAUACGUAGGAUCAGGAAUAAGCGAGAGUGAGGCAGAUGAGACCCUAAAAGUUCUACGUAAACAGUCAUUUCCACAUGAAAAAGUGUCUGUCAAACACAGAAGACACAUGAUGACUUCAGUUGUCAGUCAACCAGGUCUCAACACCAAACUCAUCCUCCCUCCAAUCCCUCAGGGCUGCAAGUGGACCAAUGGUUGACAUUUGAUCUUAACACGUAAAACUUGUUCUGAUCAUGUCCCAUCCCUUUGUCUUACCUGGCCAUGGAUCCUGUUUCCCACUCAACCAAUUACCUACAAAAGAAUGUUCUGUAGGC